GUGUUAAUAAAAUUGCUGAUCGUCGGCUCUGUUUUCCACUCAGUGCAAUUGAAAAUAACAAAUCUGUUGCAUUUGCGACAAGAAUCUCGGUGUGAGCUGACGCGGUCUAAAAGCUUGACCUAUUGCGAAGAUAAAUCUUAACGAGAGUAUCUGCUAAAGAAAAUGGCGGUCACUGUCUUCUGUAUCGUGGUCAUCAUGACAGCACUUGGCUUGGACGUUGACGCAGUUUGUACCAAUCGGAUAAUCCUGGAAAAAUUUGAUAUCAUUGACAAAGCAACUGGAAGAAGUAUUUACUGGCUUCCACUAAAAGCAGAAAAAAACUUUAAGGUUGCCGUCGCAGUAAAGGUUACUCGUACCCUGAACUCUGCUUCCUACUCUGCAAGACUUCGCAUAGAAGCCAAUAUAAAGCAUACUUUUGGAACCACUAAGAAAGAUUUUGGAUGCCCAGCGGAAUUAGGAACAUGUGAGUUCCGGAAAAUGAGUUGUCAACAAAUGCAGAGCUACCUUGGCAUAACUCACCUUGGUUGUCCUUUGACCAGUUCCCUCUACAAAGCACAAAUGAACAUUGAUCCAAUUGGAGACCUGACGGUUCAUAUCCAACCUUCUUACCUGAAAACUUUUGUGAAAACUAUUGACGUCACAGGGUAUUUGGACGUGUGGGAUGACACAACAGGAGAACACUUGGCUUGCACCAAGACUACACUUCAUUUCUACAAAGACUAUUAGGUUUUCUUGCUGAACAAAGGCUUUACUUGCCGUGAAACAAAGAUGUAACUAACUUUAACCCCAAGUUACUCGAUACCUAAGAAGUCAUUAGACAUAGUUGAUAGUUUUAGUUUGAAUUAUGAAUAAAUAAGAACCAAGAUGAA